GAUUCAUGCGAAUGCUUAAAUUGGAUCAGCUGAUUUUCACGUCCGGUUCGAUAUUCGAGAUUUCCUUUUCCGGUUCAUUCUGACCAACGUUCCAGUGUUUGGAAGACUGACUGUAAAGAUGGUAGAUGAAGCUGGUGACAGAGAAGAAAUUUCAAAUGUUGCCAUUAUCAAAGAAGUGUACGAUAAUGAAAACGCACAUGAGACGUUCGAAUAUGAACUAGAAAGAGCAUUAGAAUCUGAAUGCAGUUUAAUUAUUAUUGAACCAUCUAAAUUAGGUGAUGAAACCUCCAGGUGGAUAGCAGUAGGAAAUUGUCUUCAUAAGACUGCAGCAUUAUCUGGUCUUGCUGCCAUAGCCACAGGUCUAAUUUGGGGUGAUCAGCCAUAUAUUUGUGGCCCAUUAGGUUUUACAUCCGUUAUAUCCUGUGGACUUUAUACUGUUUCUUGGCAGUUUGAUCCCUGUUGCCAAUAUCAAGUAGAGACUGACACAAGCAAAUUACCACAUGUAGAAUUGUUAGCUGUUUUAGGACCAUCUUCUCCAACAUUUCUUGUAAGAAAAGAUGACACAAGAAGAAGAAUUCUUCAUACAACUAUUACAUUGGUAGCUCUGGGUAUCAGUGCAUGGAGAGUUUAUCAAGCAUUUAAAUGAAAUGUUUUACUAUCAGGAAAGAAAGAAUCUGAGUUGUAAAAAAACAGUAAGGUAGGCCAAAUGAUGAUCGUAAUAAGGCCUAGCAUAGAAAUUUGUGAAUUACAAUUUCAUGUAUAUUAGUGGGGAUUGUUGAGUCACACAAAUCUAUUUUUGUUUGUAUUUCUUUUACGUUUCGACUCUACCUCAUCAGGUGGAUGCUGAUUUUAUAAUAAAUAAUAAAAGGGAAAAUAUGUAAUAAAACAGACUAAGUAACACAUCUUCUAAAAUCACUUCAAAUCUAAAACAUGAUACUUCUUAAAACUUCACAUUGUUACUCUAUGAUCUCCAUCUUGUUGAUUCUAUUACAGUUAAUAUUAACACAAAAAAGACACAAUCAUAUUCACGCAAUUAUCUGCGUGAUACAACUACUGAUGUAAGUGUUGUUAGAUUUAUGCAAAAUUGCAACCAUACACCUGGAAAGUUGGACUUAGAACUAUAUAUUUUUAGAUUGUAAAUAAAGUAGAUAGAAUACACUGCAUAUGAUAUAUUAAAGAGAAUGUUGCCUAGAUUUUCUCACCCAAUGAUACAGCCCACUACAUGAAAAAAAAAACAUUUUUUAAAAACAUAUAACUUCUAUGUUUGUAUUUGGUAAACAUCUUACUUAGUGUAAUAUACAAAAAUUUUGUUAAUUACAUAAGACUCAUCAUAUGAUAUGGAAUAUCAAAAAUAAACGUCACAAACAUUCCUGUAAGUAAUGAUAAAUGUUACAAUAUAAGAAAUUUUUAGAAAAAUUUUGAGUUGAAUAAUGUGUCAAAAGUUCUUGCAACUAUUUGUAAAUAUAUCAACAUUCUAUAACUGUAUGACCAUGUAGUAAACUUAACACAAAAACUGCUAUUUACAUCAUAAGUAAGAAAAUCUAUACUACUUUAAAAAGCUCUUGAUAUAUUUAUUCUUUCUUAACAUAAAAAAAAGAUUUAUUUCAAUCAAUGUGUGUUUUUUAAUAUUUAUCUACUUUGUUUUAAUAUUUAAAAAAGUCUAUAAUACAGGAAAUAAUAAAAUGGAAAAAAAGAAACAAUAAAAUCAGCAGUCCAUUUUAUAUAGAAUCUACGAGUUUAACUAUCUUUGCAUAAUGUUUUUUUACCUAUAAAUGCAGAAUAAAAUAGGUAUUAUGGUUUAUAUUUUAUGCACAAUACAAACACAUACUUUGCUAUAUUGAUGUGAAAAAUAUUUGUACUUUUUUUUAAUUAAAUUAAUGUCAAUUAGUUCUUAUUAACAAAACAUCACUGAUAAAUAACAAAAGCUUAAAUAACUGUUAAUAAUCCUGCCAUGACAACAGAAUUCGUAUCAACCACUGUACAUUAUACAUCACACUUUAAAUGUUUCAGUUAU